AUGCGCUCCUUUUCUCUUUUUGGUCUUGUGGCUGUUGUUGUUGCUGCGUCGUCGUCGCUCGAACACAAGGUUGAAGAGAUCCAUGUUCCGGCUGUCCAGGAAGCGGCCCCAGUAAUCACGGUGAUCGACGCGAACAAGACAUAUGCCGUCAAGUAUGGAUGUGCCGGAUGUCCGUUUGGCCUGCUGAAGACUCCUCAUGCAGCAGAAUGGAUCCAUCCGCCUCCACAAAACUCCUUGAUGUUGACGCUUGCCAUUGACAAGUCGGGAUCUGCUCUGUUCCUCAAUGACGAGCGCGUCUUUCCUCUUGACCCGUUGCCUCCGCGCAUUAGUGCCGUGCAGGUGCCAAUGGAUCAUGCCGAAGACGAAGCAGAUGAGCAAGCCGAGGAGGUCAUGUCUAAGAGAAUCAGGUUUCCACUGCAGUACGAACACACUGUGUUCCGAGCUGAAGGAAAUGGAGAGGUAUGGCUCCAGUUCAACGUUACUGGUCUUGCCUGGGGAGAGGAGGCUGCACCAUUCAAGUUGGGCCAUACAGUCUUACAGGUGCUACUGCGUGAGCAACACGUUCGCCCAGAGACUCCAGGCCAGAAAGGGUGCGGCCAUGCCCUUUCCAUUGCAAGUGUACAAGUGGUUGAAGAAAAAGACCGCGUUCAGCCGCCCAGGAUGAAGUGCGGCAGACUGGCCAUGAUACGAACCGCCUUUGACCCGAACGAGUGGGACGACUAUGGCAAAUUUGGCACAUGGGCAAGGACGUGGAAUGUGGCUAUUGGCAAACUAGGCGCGCUUUGGUCUGGCUCUUCACAGAGCAAUCUACUGCUUCCUUUGUCGCUGCUGCUUGCGGCUAGCAUUCUUGUGGUACGUUGCAUUUGGCAGCUCAGGCAGCAGAUACAGGCUUGCGGGGAUUCAGCCGCCGAGUCUUGGUUGUUGGGCUGCCAUGCGCCGCCGGCAUAUGCAGACAUCCCAGUGAUCAAGAUUGAGCAGUAUGAUUAG